AUGGACUCAUCUGCUGCCAUUCGAUCCUUUCACCAUCCCAUAGGCAUUAUAUCCCAUGUGCGAUCCUCAAUUGAUAGGGCAGCUGUAGUUUCCUGCCAUAAAGUCAGACGGAACUCUAGUAAUGGGCUUUUUCAGCAUUUGACAAAUGGCGAGAAGUGCGUCUACUCUCACAGCAGGGGUAAGAAGACACUGGUUGCAUGUACAAAAACAGUUGAACCUAUCAACACAACCAAGUCUGAUGCUUCUUCAGACAGCACUCUGCAAAACUCAUUAGAGAAAAAGCCAUUGCAAACUGCUACUUUUCCUAAUGGAUUUGAGGCUUUGGUAUUGGAGGUAUGUGAUGAGACUGAAAUCGCUGAACUGAAAUUAAAGGUCGGUGAGUUUGAGAUGCAUCUUAAGCGAAACAUUGGAGCAGCAAAAGCUCCAUUGUCCAACAUUUCAUCAACUAUACCACCACCUAUUCCAAGUAAACCUAUGGACGAAACAGCACCAGCUACUCCACAGCCAUUGCCACCAACAUCAUCUCCGGAAAAAAACAAUCCAUUUGCAACUGUUUCACCACAAAAGUCAUCAAAGUUGACAGCAUUGGAGGCUUCUGGUACCAGUACAUACGAGUUAAUAUCAGCUCCUAUGGUUGGUCUAUUCCAAAGAGGUAGAGUAAUUAAAGGGCGAAAGCUUCCUCCUAACUGUAAAGAGGGUGAUGUAAUCAGAGAAGGACAAGUCAUAGGGUAUAUGAAUCAGUUUGGUACUUCACAUCCUAUUAAGUCAAAUGUAGCUGGAGAAGUGCUAAAGCUACUUGUUGAUGAUGGAGAUUCUCUUGGUUAUGGAGAUCACAUACUUGCCGUCCUGCCAUCUUUUCAUGACAUUAAGUGA